CUAAACGAAUUAAGCCCACUGCCAAACGCAUUCCACUCCAACCCGAUUGAUUGAUAACUUUCUGCUUUGUUCAAGGAAGCUUUGAGUUUCCGGAGUUCAUCUUCAUCGUCUUCUCCUUGAUUAGUGCUCCUCAUUCCCCUUCUCCUCCUGCUGUUCUUCAUUGAAGGGUUUUGAAGAAGACAAGUUUGGCCUAGAGAUUUUAGCAUGGAGGUUAGUUUCUUCGUUGUUCUUGGCGUACUUUUAUUGCGUUAAUUUGGUGCAGUGGACGGCGGUUGUUUGAAUCAUGGCUUGAGGCGGCCAUGACGAAGCCUUGUGAUACCAUUUCCAUGAAAAAGCCUAGAAACGAUGAGAUUCUGGGAGUUUAGCCAUUGAAUUCAAUCAUCUCAUUAUUAAAUUAAUGAUCUUUCAUAUCAAUGCUUGCUUGAUUCUCAUCUUUCUGGACAAAUAGGCAGAAAGCAAGGAGAACAUCUUGGUGGUCGGUUACAUAAUGAAGCCUUCUCGGAAAGAAGAUUUUGCGAAGAGAGUUACAACAAGUAGAUGUGCUGCUUCACAAAGCAACAGAUGAGAUUGUUGAUGUUAAAAUGAGUAGCAGUUCGGAGUUUGUUGACAAAAUUGAGUAUACCAAGGGCAUGCAGGAUUUACAAAGGUACACUGAGAGCCAUCCAGAAUGCUGUGUGAUUGAUCCAUUUCCUAACAUUUAUCCUGUACUGGAUCGGCUUAGAAUCCAACAGAUCCUAUUUGGUUUGGAAAAUCUCUGCAUAAAAAGCUGUUACAGAAUCAGGGGUCCUCGUUUUCUCAAGGUUAAUAGCUUUGAGGAGCCCAAUUUGGAACACAGGUUGUUUGAAGCCAAGCUCUCAUUUCCAAAUAUUGUGAAACCUCAAGUUGCUUGUGGUGUAGCUGUUGCGCACAGCAUGGCGAUAGUCUUUAAUAUAGAGCAGUACAAAGGCCUGAAUGUUCCCCUUCCAGCAGUUGUGCAGGAAUAUGUUGACCAUUCAUCCUGUCUGUUUAAGUUCUAUGUCCUGGGGGAGAAGGUUUUCUAUGCAAUUAAGAAGUCUACGCCUAAUGCAGCUACUUUGAUGGGCUUACCAGAGGCGUGUGAUCUCAAGCCUAUCCUCUUUGACAGUUUGAAAUCUCUACCUAUAGACAAGAAAAAUCAGCAGGUUGAGGAUGGGGUGAGCAGUGCUGGAAUUCAGCAACUUGACCUUGAACUCGUCACUGAUGCUGCAAAUUGGCUCAGAAGUGUUCUCAACCUUACCAUAUUUGGCUUUGAUGUUGUUAUCCAGGAAGCCACAGGCGACCAUGUCAUCGUCGAUUUAAAUUACCUGCCAUCUUUCAAGGAGGUCCCAGAUGAUGUUGCAAUACCUGCCUUCUGGGAAGCUAUAAAGUGGAGAUUCAAGUCAGAAAGAGGUCAAAGAAACUCUUCCUUGGCACCUUCAUCUGCUGAUAGCAAUAUAGUUUCAUUUCCAUAAUGUUCCUUGCUACUGGCUCGUAAUGGAUGAAAGCUUAAGAGCACUGACAGAGAACAUUUUUGUUGUUUGAUUAUCAGAAGUCGAAUUUGCCACUGACUCAAAUUUCACUGCAAAUUAUUCACAUCGACUCUUCAUUGUUUAUUUGAACCUUGGACGAUUCUUGAAUUCUAAAACAGUGAUCCCAUCACUUUUUGGC